CGAAUUUUAAAAACAAAAAUUGUGGCAAAAAAGGAGAAAGAAAGCGACAACACAUCAACAAAUAAAAUUGUUACAGCAACAGCUUACUAACGAAUAAAAAUGGAUGACUGGGACGAAGCAGAUUUAGUACCAAGUCUGUUUGAAAAUGCAGCAGAAAUGAAGCUUUCGAAUUUUUGUAUCGCUGCACAAGAAGGGAAUAUUGAAAAGCUACAACAAAUGCUGGAUCAGAAACAAGUCAGGGACAUCAACAUGCAAAGUCCUAAGAAAAAAGAAACAGCUUUGUUAUACGCAUGUAGAGGUGGACAAUUAAAGGCUGUCAAUUUUUUAGUUGAGCAUGGUGCUGAUGUAAAUUUAAAAGACAUUCGUGGCAAACAUAGUCUUCACUUAGCUUCAUCAGGAGGAUUUUUGGAGAUUGUAAAAUAUUUGAUUAAUCAAAAAGCAAAACUAGACGUUGUGGACAAAUAUGGCCGAAGUUGUUUACAUUGGGCUGCAACAAACAAACAUUACGAUAUUGCUGUAUUAUUGCUGGAAUCAGGUGCUCCAGUCACAUACAGCAUAUCCAACAAUUGGCAACCGUUACACGAAGCAGCGAAAAGUAAUGAAGUGCAAAUUUUACAAUUGUUGAUGAAGAAUGGUGCACAUAUCAAUAACCCUGUGACAGACAAUAAGCCUCAGCCAUUCAGCCCACUUCAUAUUGCUGCGCGUGAGGGAAGUGUGGAAUGUUUAAAGUUAUUGCUGGAGAACAAAGCUGUUGUAAACGCUGUCAACCGGGGUAAAUCAACAGCUCUACAUGAAGCAGCUUUCAAAGGAUCGAAGGAAUGCUGUCGUGAGCUGAUUCUACAUGGUGCUGAUCCGCACGCAAGAAAUAAUUUAGAAAGAACUCCAUUAUUAGAAGCUUGUAAUCGAGGCAACUUACAAGCCGCCAUAUUGCUGCUUGAUGCCGGCUGUUUUGUUAAUCGGCCCGACAGAGUGGGAGACACAGCUCUACAUCAUUUGCUACGUCACAACCAAGAACGGUUGACUGCGGAACAACUGGCAGGAUUUACAGACAUUUUAUUACAAUAUGGUGCUAAGAUGAAUACUGUCGGCACCGAUGAUGAAACUCCGUUGAUGCUGACUCAGCGUAUGAUGGAGAAAGAUGUAUAUGAUGUUAUGUGCACAGCGAUGGAGAAACCACGUUCGUUACUUCACUGUGCGAAGAUAAUGUGUCGUAAGAUAGUUUGUUGUCAAUAUGAGAACAUCAAAAACUUCCCUAUCCCGAAAAAUUUACAAAUAUAUUUAUUACAAAAUUCAAAAUAUUAUUCUGGAUGGUAAAAUAGUAGUUGUAAUUUCGCACGUGUACAAUGUUAUUUUUUUACUGUUUUUAUUAUUAAUUAGAUGUUUUAUUUAUUGGUAUAUUUCUAAAUAUUUUCCUUAUUUUUAUCUUCUGUUUAACGUUUUGUUUAAAAUCUCUCAAUAUUUUCAAAGUUUUAUAAAUUGAAAAAGAACAUGGAGGGUGAAAUGGCUGAAAAAAUAAGAACAAAAUAACAAGAAAGAAAAACAAUGGCGAUGGUAAAAUUUUUGUGAAUAAUGCAACAAAUAUGCGAAAACCUAAUGUGUAAAAAAGUUAUUAAUUGUUGUCUCGAUAAGUGAUAUUUUCAUUGCUUUUUUUAACGAUUUUUACCAACAUUUGUCACCUUUUUUUGCUUCUUUUUUUUUGGUGUCUAAAACUCUAUUUGAUAUGGAAGUUAAAUUUUUAAAAUUUUCUGAAUUACUUGCUCAAUUCUUACCAAAAUUUAGUGACUGUUAAUAUUUUUUACGACUGGCAUAUUUUCUAACAAUUUAGACUCUGUCUGUUGACGACGUCAUAAAUUAUUAAACAUUGCUCAAAACUACCAUAACAAACUAUUUGAAACGGAAAAUACUAUAAAUUCUGACCUAUUGAUCGAGCGUGAAAAUUACAAAGUCGUGUGAUACGAAUAGGGGGUAGUUAUUGAAUAACUUAUAAUUUGCUAUAAAAUUAAUUGGAAACCCGCGGACCGCGGAUCUAUUCCUGCUCACUGCUAGGUAGUGUGUUACUUAUGCACAAAGUAGUUCUUCUUCACUUCAUAUAUAUGAUCACUACCAUAAAAAAGUGACGGAGGUGUGCAAUCGACCGUCACUUAUAUUGACCGUUAUUGAAAUUCACCUAUAUCAACCGGCAUUAAAAUUCACUUAAAUCAACCGUUAUUGAAAUUCACUUGUAUCGACCGGCAUUGAAUUUUACUCAUGUUUAGAUGUAUUGUUUUUAACGCAAUUAAUUUUAUUUUUUUUUUACAUUUUUUUUUGGUAAAACUUUAAAUUAUCAAACACUAACACUGCUUGUCAAACGUAUUUUAUCUGAUCAAAAUGGCUAAUAAAUUGCGGCUUUGUGCUAACAAUGCUCCAAAAA